CGUCGCCCUGGACCUUCGAGACUCAACCACCAUCCGACAAAUUGUAGUGACAAGGGAAGCUGGAGAAGAAGAGGGCCGUGACGUGGAGGCAGUGAAAGAGGAAGAUGCUCGACCGUACAGCAGAGUUCCAAUCUUGUGUCGCCAUCUACAACAAGUCACAUCACCAUGGCAAGCGCAAACCAGCGGCGCAACCAUCUACUGCUGCUGAUGCACCCAAGCGCGCAUCCGAGUUCUUUAGCAUUGCAAGUGGCAUCUCCAAUGACAUCAACACCACUUCUGAGAAACUCCAACGGCUAGCGCAGUUAUGUCAAAAGAAGAGUAUCUUUGAAGACCAUACGACGGCGAUUCAAGAAUUGACCUAUAUCAUCAAGCAGGACUUGGCCAAGAUUACAGAAAAUGUCAAACAACUACAAGUACAAGGCAAAGAUAAAGCGCAUGCAGGACAACGCGCAGUGCAUGUUGAAUCCGUUGUUGGGAGUUUGAAUAUGGGUGUGAAUACAGCAACCCGGAGUUUCAAGGAUAUCCUUGAAGUUCGUACAAAGAACAUGCGAGAAUCACGGUCACGCACCGAUGCCUUUGUGCAUGCAGGAACAGCUGGUGUGCAUGGGAGUGGCAUUGCGAGUGCUGGGGGUAUGUCGAAUCCAUUGUCGAACUCUCCUGUUGGACCUGGCGAGUUGCGCGCCCGUCGCGUGGGUGCGUUACCGCCCCAUUUGAGGAAUAAUCCGCUCUACACACAUCGGUCCUCUUCAGCACCGCCCAUCUCCCCAACAGGUGCGCAUCCAGAGCCACGCUUCGAGUACUUGUCUCUAGAUGACGACGAGGAAGCGAGUUUGACAAAAGGUACAAAUCAAGCGGAUAACCCAUAUGCCAAUCAACAACAGCAAGCAUUGAUGCAAGAAGAUGCCUCUGCGCAAUACCUCGAGUCACGCUCGACUGCCAUUGAGACAAUCGAAUCAACCAUUGCUGAACUUGGUGGGAUUUUCCAGCAACUCGCUCAAAUGGUCUCUGAGCAACGAGAAAGUGUUCAACGGAUUGAUGCAAACACGGAAGAUGUCGUGAUGAAUGUGGAUCGCGCACAGUAUGAGAUUGCACGUUACUGGCGACGUGUCUCUGGCAAUCGCAUGUUGAUGGUGAAGAUAUUCGGCAUUUUGAUAUUAUUCUUCUUAUUGUUUGUCAUGCUUCGGUAGACAUGCUUAAGUAGACUAUUAAAGGAAAAGCCGUGUUCUAUU